UUUUCCCAUCCAAACUUCUGCAACUUCUGUUAUUUAGAGGCCCUGUUAAGUCAAAUCCUCAUUUUUUUAAUUUUUUUCUUUUGUUAAUCUGCUCUAACUUUCAUCAAGCUUUCUUGGAUCUCUUGAAGAUCCAAAAUGUCAACUGAGAUCUCUAACCUUUUGCUCUGCAUGGUGAUCAUGGUGAUGUCCUUGGCAUUCCACACUGCAUCUGCAAAGCCACCGGUAAACCAAUCAGAACCCUCAAUGACAGACAACAAUACGCCUGGAGAAGAUGAACAGCUCCUUGCGGUACUUGCUCUGGAUCCCGAACCUGGACCUGAAUAUUUCGCUUCUUCGCCUGACGGGCUUAUCAAACCCGGGGGAAAUGCUUCGCUUUCUGCAGAGAAUGCUUCUUCUCCAGCUUAUGAUGGUGCAUUUGCUCCUCAGCCACUUGGAGAUGAGUUUCUCUCCCCGGAAUAUCCAUCUCCAGCCCCCGAAAUCGCCGACGACAACGAGUUUUCGCCGCAAUAUUCCUCCCCAACUCCAUAUGUCGAUAAUAUGGCUCCAAAGAUUGCCGACGAUGACGAAUAUUACUCUUCGACUCCCACUCCUACACCGGCGACCACUGUGGACUCGUCAUCUUCUCAGCUCCCAAACUAUGAUCCGGUGGCUACUCCGGUGAGUACUACUCCGGAGGUCGAUUAUGGUAACGUCACUCCGACACCGCGUUCAAAUGUAUUGCCGUUCACUUAUGAAGCUGAGGACGAGGUUCCUGAAACUGAUGAAGGGUUGCAAGGUGAAUUCAGCCAUGAGAAGAAAGGAACGGUGUUGGGGUUUGUAAUCUUUGCAGUAUGCUUGGUUGGGUUAGGAGGAUUUGUGUACAAGAAGAAGAAGGAUGAUAUGCGAAAAUCUCAGUAUGAAUAUCUGGGCAAGAGGGAGCUGGAGCUCUGAUCAUGAAGUCUCUCGUAAAACUCUAUUAUCAAAUAAAUAUAUUUAUGCAUAUUUUUCAUAAUAUAGUUCUACUACUGUGCUGCAUAUCAGUUAUGAUGCAUAAUUAUAUGCACCAUAGAAAGAUUAUAUGUUUCUAUAUGUAUAAUCAUGAAUUAGGAAUUACAGAUAUGGAUUUGGAUUUAGGAAAAUGGGUUGGUCUAGUCUAGCAAAAGCCCAUUAUUGUUGGAUUUUUGAGGACUACAACUAAGAGAUUGAAGGUAUUGAGCAUGUACUUAGUUUAUUUUGUUUUGUUCUUUUACUAAGAAUAUAUAGGUCAUUUUGUUUUUUGGCCGAAA